AUGCCCCGCUCCUUCCUGGUAAAGAAGAUCAAAGGGGACGGCUUCCAGUGCAGCGGGGUGCCGGCCCCCACCUAUCACCCCUUGGAGACCGCCUACGUGCUGCCUGGCGCCCGGGGGCCGCCCGAGGACAACGGUUACGCCCCGCACUGCCUGCCCCCCAGCAGCUACGAUGCGGACCAGAAGCCGGGCCUGGACCUGGGGCCGGCCGAGCCCGCGUACCCGCCGGCGGCGCCGGAGGAGUACAGCGACCCCGAGAGCCCGCAGUCCAGCCUGUCGGCGCGCUACUUCCGCGGGGAGGCGGCCGUGACCGACAGCUACUCCAUGGACGCCUUCUUCAUCUCGGACGGGCGCUCGCGCCGGCGGCGCGGCGGGGGCGGCGGGGAUGCCGGGGGCGCGGGGGACGCCGGAAGCGCUGGGGGACGCGCGGGACGCGCGGGGACGCCGGCGGGCGGCGGGCACCGGCACGCGUGCGCCGAGUGCGGCAAGACGUACGCUACGUCGUCGAACCUGAGCCGCCACAAGCAGACGCACCGCAGCCUGGACAGCCAGCUGGCGCGCAAGUGCCCGACGUGCGGCAAGGCUUACGUGUCCAUGCCUGCGCUGGCCAUGCACGUGCUCACGCACAACCUGCGCCACAAGUGCGGCGUGUGCGGCAAGGCCUUCUCGCGGCCCUGGCUUCUGCAGGGCCACAUGCGCUCUCACACGGGCGAGAAGCCGUUCGGCUGCGCGCACUGCGGCAAGGCCUUCGCCGACCGCUCCAACCUGCGCGCGCACAUGCAGACGCACUCGGCCUUCAAGCACUACCGCUGCCGCCAGUGCGACAAGACCUUCGCGCUCAAGUCCUACCUCCACAAGCACUGCGAGGCCGCCUGCGUCAAGGGGGCCGAGCCGCCCCCGCCACCCCCCGCCGGCCUCGCCAGCUGA